CAAGGCCCGGAAUCGAGCAUUGUGAUUGGUUUAUUCUUCCGCUUUUGCUUCCGACUGCGACAAUCUAGUUUUCACUCGAUCGUAAGCGACGGAAUCAUAGGCGGAAUGGGUGUUCUUCUUCCGACUCCGUCGGAUUGAUUUUCACCAGAUCGUAUCGCUUUACGCUUCUGAUUACGACUACGGCUACGACUCAGUCGCUAGUGAAAACCAGCCUUAACUAAACCGUGUAAAGUCCUUCCUUCUCUAAACGGCAAAACUAGCCAAAAGGCAACAAAAACAUCAUUAGCCGUAUGUUCGAUGCUCUGAUGCCUGCAGGUUGGCUCCAAAGUUACUCUUAUACCAUCCAGACACUAAAUUCUGUCGAAAACAGAAAUGUCAUACGCUGUGAUAUAAGAAUAUUUAUAAGAAUAUUAUCAGCCUAUAAUCGCCGGGCAGAAAAAUAAUUAAGAAUAUUCAGCCUCCGUCGGAAAAACAAUGUCCUUACAAAAAGUGUAAUCUCGAGCUCAUAAUCUUACUGGUCUGUUUGGAAUUUGAUCCUGGACAAGAAAUCACAAGGAUGACAUAACCAAAUUAAAACAAGUUAUUAACAUUUUAGUAGUUGAAAUGUUUUUGCUACAAAAAGCAGAAUACCGCUUUUUUCGCUGAAAAAGAGUUGCGUUAUUCAACGUGUAAUACCGCUGGUCAUGCGAUGUGCGUAGCGGCUCAAUAUUGGUUUUCAAGAGUCCAGCGCUUCUUGCGACCUCUUUGUGAAAGAUAAUAAUUUUGUUAGAGAGUCAUCUGCUCUUUAAGUCCCAUAGAGAUGAACAAAUACAAGUCUUUUUCCUUCGUUUCUAUCCUGUUUUAGCCUGUUUUCGUCCUGUUUUUAAUUAUUUUUGUCAAGAAUGCACUGAUUCGCCACGUAAUUGAAUCGCUGUGGAAGACCAGGCCGGGUUGUUCAAGGUCUGAUUAAGCUAACCCAGGAUUAGCGAGAAUUUUGAUUUCAGUUUUGUAUUUUUUUCGUUAAGGUUUUCUUUUAUAUUUUUUGUCCUUCAGUUAUGAGCUUGAAUAAUCACAAACUACACAGAACAUAAGAAAUGAAAACCAUUUCUUAUACAAGAAAAAUUACUACUUUUGUUGUCUUUUACAGUCGCAAUCCUGGGUUAGCGUUAACUGGCUUUCGAACAACUCAGCCCAGGCGAGUUAGUCACGAGAUUUUUUAAAAUAAAGUAAUAGAGAGACGUCUCGCCGUAGAAGACCAGGCGAGUUAGUCACGAGAUUUUCUCAGCCUCGGAUAGCGUGAACGCAGUGUUUAUUUGAAUAAGGGAAGUCUCGUGGAGUUUUAGGCGAGUUAGUCACGGGGCUUACGUCGUUGACAAGUUUAUUUAUGCAGUAUGUUGUAUAUCAAACAAAAAGCCACGUCGAUUAGUUCAAUAUGUCCUUUAUAGACGGGAUAUCAAGUUAAUACUGUAGUGCCGGCUUCGAAUAAUCACAUAAUCAGUCAUGUCGCUUUUAAGAUCAGAGAUGGAUCGUGUUUUUUAAACUUAUUUUACGGAAACACACCAUCCCAAAUUCAGUCGGCAAAACUACUUUUCAGUACUGUAGAUCAAUAUAACCUUUCAGACAGGUAGGUUUGAUAGACAUUGUAGCCUACGAACAGGUUCUCGUGCGUUGCAGGAGCAAAGUCGAUGAGCAAAGUCCCUGAAAGUCGCGAGAGAUCUGUCAGCGAGCGAAGCAAGCCCGUGAGGGGCCCUCACGAGAAAUUAGAGGCUCCCAUUCUCACCGACUCGCUUCGCUUGCCGACUGUCGCUUCGUUCGCCGACGGCUUUGUCCGUACCACCAACGACGAGAGCCUGCUCGCAGGCUAUAGACAUCGGUAGUACCUAAACUUUUGCUGUAAAGAUAGGUUUAAAGUAUUUCAUUCCCCUAACUGAGGUUUUCAUUCCACCCACCCCUCCCAGCACGCUUUCAUCCUCACCCUCCCCUGCACUCUCCUCUGUCAUUGGCGUAUUUUAAAAAUAUGACCCAUAUUGAGACAAUAAGACGGCUCAUCCUGGGAAGAUAAUGAGCAUAUGACUCAGUAUAGCUCCCACGCAGCUGUCCCACUGGCUCGUCAAGCAAUCUUUUCGCCCAAUCGUUUCGUGAUCGCGUGACGAGUAGGAGGCAAAACAUGAGAUGGGCUUCAGGUGAAUCUCGUGAAAACCCGGCCACUUGAUCACGAGAUUCAUUUUCAGAAUGUAUUUUAAAGUUUCAAUGAACGUUUGUCACGAGUUGUGUAACUUUUCAUACCAUAUCAUUUGGUAGCAUUUCUAUGAAAUCAAAUCAGCUUUCAAAAGCUUUUAUUUUACCGUUAACGCGGAACGUAUAAGUCCCUGUUUGCGACAUUAAGACGAUUUUGAACAGCAAUGCAAAGGUACAGCUUGAAUACCGUCUGCUUCCUGUUACAUUUGCUUUGGGUUUUCAUCGGUUUCGAAUCGACAUGUACAGCUGUUGUGAUCAGAGUUUCAAAAAACACCGGGUAUGACAACUCGUCUUGCUUGGUUCGUAACGCAACAACGCCGUGUAAAACGAUAACAUUCGCUCUGGAUGCAAUCAAGGACAGCAAUGACACAGACUUUAUUUUUUCAAUCGAGGAUCAAGUUUAUGACUUAGAGCAACGCGUCAAUAUCAUUCAGACGAGUCCAGACAAAAAUAUUAUUCUGAAAUCAUAUCACCUAACUGGAUCUACUAUUCAUUGCAUGAACAUCUCUGCAGGAUUUGACGUAGGAUCACGCCUUUAUCCCGCCAAUAAAACAAGAAACAUCAACUUUGUAAACCUUGAAUUCGAAAACUGUGGCCCUCGCUCCGAUGCUGCAGUGGUCAUAUGGAACUCUGUGGAAAUAAACUUCACGAACUGCGUGUUUAAAGAUAACAAACAGGCUGGGAUAUGUGGCUUUGACAGCGGGGUUGUAAUUGACAGCUGUCAUUUCUUGAAUAACACACCCAAUCAUCAGACUAAUCCAACCCCCGGUGGAGGCGCGCGUUUCUUUUUUCGUGACGUCGUUUCUCUAUCUUUAAUAAUCCGAAAUUCCAAGUUUACAUCAAAUUCUGUCGCAACGAAUAAUUCAAGAGAUUUCGGAGGGCCUGGUGCUGACCGAUCCAUGUGUAACUGUGCUUAUGUAUACGGCGGCGGUCUUCUGAUCAUGUUUCUACACAAUGCCAGUGGCUGCCGAGUAGUGAUACAAGACACCAUUUUUUCAAACAAUUCGGCAACAUUUGGAGGAGGUGUUUAUUUUUCUGACUCAAACAUGACGUCACGAAACAAUGUCUCCAUAACCAACUCAACAUUUUCAAGGAACAUGGCUGUGCAAGCGGGAGGAGGAUUAAUGUUCGCCCGCUGGGACAGUGCGUCAAGUAUCACCACCUUCUUCAAAAACUGCACAGUCAGCGAAAACCAGUCUAAGAGAGGCGCCGGGAUGAAUGUCUUCUUAAUGAACAACAAUGAAAAAUCAACCGACUCUGUGUUACGCUUUGACACUGUUGUGAUUAGUAACAACUUUGGUAAUGCAAGUACGGCUAUUCGCUUCACGACGGCUCUACCAUACGCCAGACGGAUAGAUGUGACCCCGGAGUUUAUCAAUUGCACCAUAGCAGACCAUAAGAUGUCAAGUUUCGCGCGCACCAGCCCUUUCACCUGUCAACGGGUUAAUGUGAUGUUUAGAGGAAGAAAUGUUUUUAUGCGCAACAACGGAGGUGGUGCCGCCGGGUUUCAGGAUUGUGUUAUAAACGUUCAAGAACAGUUGGUUUUUACCAACAACACUGGUUCGAGUGGAGGCGCAGUGCGUUUGGAAUCAAGUCAGAUUAUUCUUUACCCUGACAGUGAGCUGAUGUUCUUUGGAAAUAAAGCGAGGGGUCUGGGUGGAGCCAUUUGUGUGUUUGAGCACACGAUGAACGAGCUAAUACAAAGGUACAAUCCCAACUGUUUUUUGGCAUACAGCGAAGCAAACUUGCCACCAUCCAAAUGGAAGACCAACAUAUCCUUCAUCGAGAAUAUCAGUAUGCUGAGAGGAGCCGCAAUUUAUGUGUCAUCUCUUCAGAGUUGUGUGUGGACAGAGGAGUUUCCUUAUUAUAACUACAGUGAAGCUCUUCGCUGGUCCAGUAAUUUUGUGUACAGGAACAACUUUUUGUCUAUGGAAGCUAACAAUGGAUCAGAGUACGAUAUUGCCACGGACACCAAAGAUUUUCACUUAUACUCUACAAGAGAUAAUUCUACUGUAAAGCUCGCUCCUGGCCAAACCUUUCCUCUGAAUCUGCUCGCUGUUGAUGAACUAGGACACCUCACUACCACCCUUGCUUUCCUAUCAGAAGCUGACAACGUAAAAAGAACCUCGAAGCUCCAGCUACUACACAUGAAUUAUUUGCUUAAGCAUAACAGUUCAAAUAAUGUUCAGUUUUCUUUCUACGCUCCUGAGAAAUUAUACAACGAGAUACACCACAGAAAAGACAAGGAAAAACGCAAGAUUCAGAUUAGCGAUAUCUUAUCUACGUUGGAGAACCAGUUUUUCUUUGAACUAGAGCUACAGGAGUGUCGUCCAGGUUUUCAUUACUCCCCGGAAGGCAAAGUUUGCGAAUGCAAUAAACAGCCUGGCAUUUUGAGCUGUAGAAAUGAUGGAAUUCUCUACCUGGAGGAAGGGUACUGGGCUGGCAUCACAAGCGACGGUACCUUGGUCACAUACACCUGUCCAUAUGAGUACUGUAAUUGUACUCGUGCACCCGGUAACUUACGAGGGUGUUUAUUUGACCCAGACAACAGUGAUGGACAGUGUUCUAAAAACCGUGAGGGAUGGCUAUGUGGAAAAUGCUCCGGGAAUACCAGUGUUGGGUUAAGGUCGUCUGACUGCAUUGAUUGCUCCAAAACUGGAUGGCUGUUGCCUGUUGUCACUAUUGUUGUGAUCGCCUUGUGCAUUCUCGUCAUCUGGGUCAAUCCCAUCAUAUCUAGCGAGUUACGAGGGCCCCUGUUUUUCUUUCAAGUAGUCCCUUACAUUUUCAAUCCCACCAGCCACUUAGGAGGACAUGUUUUCUUUUUAGCGGAUUUGUUCAACUUUGGAAGUCCGUUGAUUUAUUUCUCUAAAACAUGCAUUAUAAAAGGAUUAAAUAAUUUAUACACGACCACCUUUGGAUACGCCAUUCCAGUCCUCGUUCUGUCGAUCUUCUUGUUGGCCUACGUGUUAAGCGCCAAUUAUUGCCUGAAAUUUAACUUUCGUCGAAACUCGAUGCUGCGGUCAUUUUGGCUUCUCCUUGUGUUUAUAUACAGCUACUUCGUGGAAACGUCCCUUCUCAUCUUGUUUUGCCCAAAGGUUGGUGAUAAACGCGUGUUCUUCUAUGACGGCGAGAUUGAUUGUUUCCAUGGUCAGCAUCUACCAAUGGCAGUAAUCGCUAUUCUAGUGCUUGUGUUACUGGUGAUCCCUCCGCCAAUCAUGGUGUUUCUUUUAACCAAAGGCUACUGGAGGGUUGAUCCUCAAUAUGCAAAUACACUGAGAAGUGGCUUGCGCCCCGAGUGCUGUUGGUGGUGGUCAGUGGAUUUGUGUCGUAGGGUACUCCUGGUCGCCACUUAUGUCGCGGUUUUAGACUUGAAAGCAAAAACGAUCCUGAUGAUCUUCGAGUGCGUUGUAAUCUUGGCCGUUCAUAAUUACUGUCACCCUUACUUACGCGCUCGUGCUAACCUCGCAGAGUCCGUUUAUCUAUUGGUUCUAUGCACAUUGGCAAUCAUGCAACUUACCGAGGAUAAACAAUUUGAAGUAUGGGUAGAAGUUCUGCUGGUCAUGUUGGCGUGUCACACACUUGUGGUUUUCCUUUGUAAAGCUACCCACCUUUUUCGCAACCGUUUUCACUGCGCAUGCGCACGGCCUAACAGAUCGACAAGGCGUCGAGGGUAUGACGAAAUAGAGAGCACGGCAACCGACCCAAGCCUGUCAAUUGAGACCCAAAGACGGAGGAGCAAUCUGAACAUAAUAUCUCAACGUCGUUCCCAGGGUCUCUCGUCUUCCCGCCCUCCCGAAACGAAGUUGAUAACAUCUGACUCAUCCGAGGAAAGCUGGGAACAUGCAGGUUGAGAUUAAAGAUCAGCACAGUGCGUCAGACUAUCCAAAGGUUAAUAGCAAUAGAAAGUUACCAGGGCUGGGAAUGGUUGUUGGACAUGAUAGAUAGCUGGCUACUAAGUACGAAAGAAUGAAACAGAGACUCAAAAUACGCCAAAAAACGUUUUUAUCUUUACAUAUAUUAAUCAUUUUAAGUGCGUUGAGAUUUUUAACGCGCGCCGAGAAGAAUUUUCUAUUUAUCAUGUUCAUACGAUAUAUUAUCACUGAGGUACUGUUUUUAAUAAAUUCUGUAAAUGUACACAAAUUUGAAGAUAUUACUAUGGUAGUUAUAGGCUUUUGAUAUUUGUUGUAAUAUACUUUCCUAUAUUUCUGUUUUUAUUUUUGUGUAUAUCCUAUAAUUGUGUAAUCUAUGUUAGGUAAUAGCUUCAGGACUCCUAUUGAUAGCACAGAUGCUUUGUAAGCUCCCUGAAGGGACUACCCUGAUAUUUUUACCUUUAACUGUUUACUUUUAAAUAAAGGUGUCUAUUUAUCUACGCCAAUCCUUUACAUUUGCCAAUUUCCAAUGAGGAAAUGCUUUAACUGCUUUGCAAUAAAUACAGAAUAUAUAGUUCAUUGAAACCAGGCGCUCGGUGACUUGAGGAGCGCGAAGAGCAAGAAAAUCACUGCACACAAUUCAACGACGAGGGGGCCGUUUCUCGAAAGCCCUGAAAACUUUUCGGGCCCGUAAAGCCAUAG